GGCGCCAUCAGACUCUCGGCGGCCACCAAACGUGCCGCAACCCUCGGCCGCUCCUGCUGCUGCACACACACCCGCGCGUCCACAACUUCUCUUAUGACAGUGACAGUGCCUCUAGUGACCUAUGACAGAGCGAUAGUUAGCGCAGAGCUAAGAUGGCAAGGAUGGUGGGGGUGUUAGUAGGAGUGUUGUUAGUAGCUGGGGCUGUAGCGAAGCCCGAAGGAUACUCCGGAUACGAGGUCAAUCGCCAGGCACCUCCAGGAGGACCCAACGUAUGCGGCUCCCGUCACCGGAGUUUCUGCUGUCCGGGCUGGCAACAGAAGCCUGGCAACAACCUUUGUAUUAUACCUAUAUGUGUGCGUGACUGUGGUACUGGUGGACGGUGCGUGCGGCCUAACCUGUGCAUGUGCCUUAGUGGCCUCAUAUCUUCUGCGUGCGGCGCUGGUGGCAGGAAUGGUGGAGGCAGGAAUGGUGGAGGCGGCAGGAAUGGUGGAGGCGGUGUCUACAAUGGUGGUGGGGGAGGAGCGUCUGGAGGAGGUGGUGGCUUCAAUGGUGGAGGGUCUGGAGGAAGUGGUGGCUUCAAUGGUGGAGGAGGAGGAGGAGGAGGUGUCUUCAAUGGAGGAGGAGGAAUUGGCUUCAAUGGAGGAAAUGGCUUCAAUGGAGGAGGAGGAACUGGAGGUGGAGGAGGAACUGGAGGGGGAGGAGGGACAGGAGGAGGAACUGGAGGAGGUGUCUUCAAUGGCGGAGGAACUUCAGGAGGGGGAGGUGACGGCUUCACUGGCGGAGGAGGACCUUCAGGAGGGGGAGGUGGCAUCUUCAAUGGCGGUGGAGGACCUUCAGGAGGGGGAGGUGGCGGCUUCAAUGGUGGAGGAGGAGGUGGCAGCUUUAAUGGUGGAGGAGGAGGUGGCAGCUUCAAUGGUGGAGGAGGAGGUGGCAUUAAUGGCGGCCGCAUUGAUGGCGGGAUUCGUAGACCAGACUUAGGUUGUCAGACAACAUGUCUGAAUGGAGGUACCUGUCAGGGGAGUCGGUGUGUGUGUCGGUCAGGGUUCACAGGGGACCAUUGUGCUGAACCUGUGUGUCGGGAGCCGUGCCUGCAUGGUGGUCGGUGUGUUGGGCCAGACCGUUGUGCUUGUGUCUAUGGAUUUACUGGCAGACGCUGUGAAGCAGAUUACCGGACGGGGCCAUGCUUCACCAAGGUGCAGCAUGAAAUGUGCCAGGGCCAGCUACCAGGGGUUGUUUGUACCAAGCAAUUGUGCUGUGCCACCAUUGGCAAGGCUUGGGGACAUCCUUGUGAACACUGUCCAGAGAGACUUGAUUGUAAUAAAGGUUUCCUUAAGAAUAUUCACAGUGGUCAGUGUGUGGACAUUGAUGAGUGUGAGGCUAUUCCUGGGCUGUGUGAGGGAGGUGUCUGUGUUAACAGCAUUGGGUCAUUCACAUGCGAGUGUCCAGAGGGCCAGACCAGAAACCCCGAGACAAAUGCUUGUGAAGACCGUGAUGAAUGUGUUGAAGGUGACGUGUGUCUCAAUGGCCGCUGUGUCAACACCGAUGGCAGCUAUUACUGCAACUGUGACACUGGUUUCAUUCCCAGUCAGGAUCGCAAGAGUUGCAUAGAUGCCCGGCAAGGAUUUUGCUACACAGAAAUAAGGGGCAGUGGUCGAUGCAGGAAACCUCUUCCCAUUCCCCUCACUCGUCAAGCCUGCUGUUGUGGCAAGAACAUGGGUAAGGCAUGGGGAGAGGGACGCAAUGACUGUGUUCCAUGUCCAAUGCCUGGAGAAGAACUCUAUCAGAGGAUGUGUGAGCAAGCAGGGUACCAGCUUCCCCCUGUAGAUGAGUGUACCCUGAACCCAAACUUGUGUGGCGAAGGCGGACGAUGCAUUGACACCAGUGAUGACUACACCUGUCAGUGCUAUGAUGGCUUCACUCUUAGUGCUGUCACUGACAGAUGUGAGGAUGUUGAUGAAUGUCGUCAAGGGGCAUGCCGGGGUGGUCAGUGCUACAACACAAUGGGCAGCUUCACUUGUCGUUGCCCCUUAGGGUUUGAUGUCUCUUCAGAUGGUCUUUCAUGUAUUGAUCAUGAUGAAUGCAGUGAGACUGGGAUGUGUGCUAAUGGAGUGUGCACUAACAUGGAUGGCUCUUUCAAGUGUGUUUGCAACUCUGGCUACAUCCUCUCCCCAUCUGGUUUUGCCUGCACUGAUAUUGAUGAAUGUGAAGAGAACCGACUUAUCUGCUUAUUUGGUCGAUGUGAGAACCUUGAGGGGUCAUACCGAUGUGUGUGUAAUGAUGGCUACACACAUGCCACGGAUGGAAGUUUUUGUACUGAUGUUGAUGAGUGUGGUGAGACAGGAAUGUGUGAACAUGGUUCCUGUGUCAACAUCGAUGGAUCAUUUAAAUGUGUGUGUCAGCCGGGAUACACUCUGGCUCCCAAUGGAAAGACAUGUAUUGAUCUGGAUGAGUGUGCCUCGGGACCGUGUAAGAAUGGUCGUUGCACCAACACUGAAGGUAGCUUUCAGUGCGAGUGCCCACCAGGCUUUACACUUGGUGUCAAUGGUGUAACAUGUUUAGAUACAAAAUUGGAUUUCUGCUAUGCUGUGUAUCGUGAUGGGCAGUGCUCCAACCCAUCCACCACACCCACCACCAAAUCAGCAUGCUGCUGCUGCACUGUGAUCCUCGGUCAACCAAUGGGCUGGGGAACUCCCUGCCAGGCUUGUCCUCAAACUGGCACUCAGGAAUUCCUUGGCCUUUGUCCACACGGCACUGGCAUUACUCAUGAAGGCCACGACAUCAAUGAGUGCGCUUUGAACCCAACUAUUUGUCGAAAUGGUGCCUGUGAGAACCUGGAGGGUGGAUAUCGCUGCAUUUGUAAUCCGGGCUAUAUGGUAGAUGACAGUGGGCGCCUCUGCCAUGACAUCAACGAGUGUGCCAUCGACAACUUGCUGUGUGAUGGUGGGCAGUGCCGCAACACUCCAGGAAGUUACCAGUGCAUCUGUCCAUCUGGGACACAACUUAAUCCCAGCACACAUGUCUGUGAGGAUGUUGACGAGUGCAACGAGCUUGGUGAGGAUGCUUGCAUAGGUGGUACUUGUGUCAAUGUCAUUGGCUCAUACAGGUGUGAAUGUGAAGAAGGAACAAUUCUUGAUUCUACUGGCAGGUAUUGCAUUGACAACCGCCGUGGAUCGUGUUGGACUAAGGUUAAGGAUGGCCGCUGUGAGAACAAUCUCCCCAAGCUUACUCUCAAAUCUGAAUGUUGUUGUACCAUUGGAAAAGCUUGGGGUUCACCAUGUGAAGUCUGCAACCCAGCUGACUGUGACUGCCCCAUUGGUUUUGCAAAGAUGGAUGGUAAGACAUGUCAGGACAUCAAUGAAUGCCAGCUGAACCCUGGAAUUUGCCAGGGUGGUGGUGAGUGUGUUAAUACUGAUGGUUCAUUUACCUGCAACUGUCCCCCUGGUCUAACCCUCGAUGACACCAAGACCAAGUGCCUGGACUUGAGAGAGGAGACAUGUUUCCUUGAGUAUAGGAAUGGAAUAUGCAGCAAAGAGUUGGAGGGGCUGUUCCGAAAGUCAACAUGUUGCUGUACAGUGGGCAAGGCAUGGGGAGAGGCAUGUGAAACUUGCCCUCGCCCUGGUACUGAUAUCUUUGAUGAACUUUGCCCCAAGAGCUAUGGAUAUGAUGGACGUAAAGAUGUGAAUGAGUGUACUAUGUACCCUGACAUGUGUGACAAUGGCCGGUGCAGGAACUCUAUUGGCUCCUUCUCUUGUCGUUGCAAUCAAGGUUACGCACUGGAUGAAGACGGAGUAAAAUGUGUUGAUAUUGAUGAGUGCGGCAUCAUGCAUGGUGUUUGUGGUAAUGGAACCUGUCAGAACAUUGCUGGGUCAUUCAUAUGUGACUGUGAUGAAGGCUUUGAAUCAACCAUGAUGAUGCAAGUUUGCAUGGAUAUCAAUGAAUGUGACCGCAUCACUGGUCUCUGUCGUGGAGGUCGUUGUAUCAACACUCCAGGCAGCUUCAGAUGUGAGUGUCCUCCAGGACAUGAACUGUCUUCAGACCAGCGUUUCUGUAAGGAUAUUGAUGAAUGUUCUCGCACAUCGGGAAUCUGCUCAAAUGGUGUAUGUGAGAAUAUGAUGGGCACUUACCAGUGUAUGUGUAAUGAUGGAUAUCAACAGACUGGACAGAAGUCUCACUGUGAAGAUAUUGAUGAAUGUGGCGUGAAUAAUGGUGGAUGCGAUGAUGUAUGCAUCAACACCCCAGGAAUUUUCUCAUGCUCCUGCUCCACUGGUUACAUGCUACUCAUGGAUGGCCGCUCCUGUGCAGAUGUUGAUGAGUGCAAAGAGAAUGCAAAAAUCUGUGCAGGUGGUGCAUGCUCCAAUACUCCAGGCAGCUACAUGUGUACCUGUGAGGGAGGCCUACUUCCAGAUGCUGAUGGUCCUGGAUGUCUUGAUGUAAAUGAAUGUGAGAUGAACCCCAACCUUUGCCAAAAUGGCAAGUGUGACAAUGCAGUGGGAUCAUUUUCAUGUCGCUGUGAGAAUGGCUACAGUGUCAAAUCAGAGCUGGGCCCUGGCUGUACUGAUGAUGAUGAAUGUACCCUUGGUACUUUCCGCUGUGACCAGAAUGCUGAAUGUGUAAAUAUUGAUGGCACCUAUGAGUGUCGCUGUCGAGAUGGUUUUACUGGUAAUGGUAAGACAUGUCGAGAUGUAAAUGAGUGUCUAACCAACAAUGGUGGCUGUGACCGGGAUGCACAGUGCAUAAACACAGAUGGUUCCUUCAAGUGUGUUUGUGAUGCUGGCUUCCGUGGAGAUGGUUUCUUCUGUGAAGACAUUGAUGAGUGUACUCAAGACCCAACUUUGUGUGAGAAUGGCCAAUGCCUUAAUUACCCUGGAUCCUUCCAGUGUGACUGUGAAAUGGGCUUCAUGCAUCCUGACCCUCACAGCGAGCAAGCUUGUGUUGACAUUGAUGAGUGUGAUAUGUUCAGUAACUUAUGUGUGUAUGGCCAGUGUGAGAACAUAUUUGGUAUGUUCCGCUGUAUUUGUGAUGAAGGCUACCACUUGGAUGAAACUGGUGGUAACUGUACAGACAUUGAUGAGUGUGAUAAUCCUGAUGUGUGUCAAUAUGGCACAUGCAUCAACCAGCAAGGGACAUAUAUAUGUGAGUGUCCACCUCACUAUGAACUUAUCAGCAGUGGUGAAGGAUGUGUUGAUCGUCGUAAGGGUGAAUGUUAUCUAGACGUAGUAGGUGUACGAGGCGGACGUGGUGUAUGCCGUGAUCCAUUAGGUGAACAUGUAACUAGGCCCACUUGCUGCUGCUCUAUUGGCAAGGGCUGGGGUCCUUUGUGUGAGGUGUGUCCGCCUGAGGAUUCUGAUGAAUAUAAAGAACUUUGCCCGGGGGGUGAAGGUUUCCGACCAAACACCAUCACUGUAAUUCUAGAAGAUAUUGAUGAAUGUGCUGAGAUGGAGAACUUGUGUAAUAAUGGUCGUUGUUCCAACACUUUUGGCUCCUUCAUGUGUUCUUGUGACCGAGGCUACCGGUUAAAUGCUGGAGGAUCACUUUGUAUAGAUAUCGAUGAAUGUGCUGACAGGAAUAAAUGUAAAAAUGGUCUCUGUCACAACUCCAUCGGCAGCUUUGAGUGUGAGUGUCCAGAAGGUUACAUGCUGCUGCCUAACCGAGCUGAAUGUAUUGAUAUGAGGGUAGAAACUUGCUUUAUGAAGUAUGAAGAUGGAGAUUGCAGUGUUCCAAUGAUGGCUGAUAUCACAAAAAUGAAAUGUUGUUGCUCAAUGGGUGCUGCUUGGGGUUCCAAUUGUGAGCCAUGUCCGGGGAGGAAUACAUUGGCCUACAGUGAGCUCUGUUACACAGGAAAUGGUGUAGGACCUGGUCCAAUAGGUGAUGGAGGAAGAGGAAGAGGACCUGAUGAUGGAAGACUGCCAGAUGGUUCAUGGCCUAGACGCCCUGGAGAUCCUGAUCCUAGAAUUACUGGUCCAGAUGGUAUACAUCCAGGAGAUAGAGACAGAGAUAGUUUAGAGUCAGAAGAAACACACUUUAGGGGUAGGGAACCUGGAGAUGGAAGACCUGAAGAUGGAAGACGAAGACCUGGAGAUGGAAGACCAGAUGGAAGGCCAGGAGAUGGAAGACCAGGAGAUGGAAGACCAGGAGAUGGAAGGCCAGGAGAUGGAAGACCAGGAGAUGGAAGACCAGGAGAUGGAAGACCAGGAGAUGGAAGACCAGGAGAUAGAAGACCAGGAGAUAGAAGACCAGGAGAUGGAAGACCUGGAGAUGGCUUUGGAGAUGGCUUUGGAGAUGACUUUGGUGACUCUGGACGUGAGUUUGGUCCUGGCCCAGUGGAUCCUGGCCAGGUGAUCAAUCCCAUCACUGGCUUACCUGAAGACUUUGAUGAGUGUCAGCUGAUGGGUCACAUGAUGUGCAAGAAUGGCCGCUGCAUCAACACCAUGGGCUCAUUCCGCUGCGAGUGUAAUCUUGGCUUCCACUAUGAUGAACCCAGUCACAUGUGUGUUGAUGUCAACGAAUGUGAUGAGCUGACACCAUGCCAAGGUCUGGCCAAGUGUGAGAAUACCGUAGGGAGUUACCGCUGCUCUUGCCCUACAGGCUACAGGAUCAAUAGACUCACAAAUGACUGUGUUGACACCAAUGAGUGUGAACAAGAAGGUGUGUGUCAACAUGGUGUAUGCAACAAUUUCCAAGGAAGCUUUCAGUGUAUAUGUGACCCUGGGUAUGUACUCACAGCUGACCGAUCCUCAUGCAUUGACCUCGAUGAAUGUGUACGUUCCCCCAACAUUUGUAAUAAUGGUACUUGCCUCAACUCCAUGGGAUCAUACCAGUGCCAGUGCUAUAGAGGUUUCAAGAUUGGCCCCAACCGUGACUGCAUUGAUGUGAAUGAGUGUCUGAUCAACGUAGGUCUCUGUCUUAAUGGUCGCUGUCGCAACACGGAAGGUUCAUUCAGAUGUGAGUGUGCCGAUGGAUAUACUCUCACACCCAACGGAGAACAGUGUCGUGAUAUUAAUGAGUGCUCUGAGCGUGAAGAUGUUUGCCCCGCCCCUGGCCGUUGCCAGAACCUAAUGGGAUCCUUCAUCUGUGAUUGUCCUGAAGGAUUCACAUUGGCUCGUGAUGGAAUGUCAUGCAUUGAUAUUGACGAGUGUGCUACCAUUGAGGAUAUCUGUGAGAAUGGCGAGUGUGUCAAUGGACGUGGAACAUACCAGUGCAGGUGUCCACCUGGCUUUGAAGUGAGUGCAGAUGGUACAAAAUGUAUUGAUCGUCGUCAGGAAGAGUGUUAUGAGAAAUACCAAAGAGGUAGAUGUUUCGAUCCCCGGCCUGUGAGGAUUCUCAAAAAGGAAUGUUGUUGCUCCUCUGGUGCUGCCUGGGGUAUCACCUGUGACCGCUGCCCGCCCAUCAGUUCUCCUGAGUUUGAGAAGCUGUGCCCACUUGGUCCUGGCCGAUCAGAGUCAGGUGCUGAUCUGAACGAGUGUGAGAUCAUGCCAGGAUCUUGUGAAGGAGGUGACUGUGUUAAUACCGAUGGUUCCUUCCGAUGUGAAUGCCCCAUGGGCUAUGUCCUUGACAGCUCUGGGCGCCGCUGUAUAGAUGACAAUGAGUGUGUACUUUCCAACAUAUGUGGUAAUGGAACGUGUAGUAAUGUUGAGGGUGGGUUUGAGUGUUCUUGCCAAGAUGGAUUUGCCCCAGGACCAAUGCAAACCUGUGAGGAUGUUGAUGAGUGUGAGGAACUUGGUCACCAAUGUGCCUUCCGGUGUCACAACAUGGCUGGAGCCUUCCGCUGCAUUUGCCCUUAUGGUUACACUUUAGCUCCUGAUGGUCGCCACUGCCAAGAUGUUGAUGAAUGCUCCACUCCAGCAAACAACUGCAGAUUUCUCUGCAAAAAUUUGAUUGGAACUUUCAUGUGCAUAUGUCCUGAAGGAUAUCAACAGGUGGGCAUGACUGAUGACUGUAAGGAUGUCAAUGAAUGUGCACUCAACCCUAACAUCUGUAAGAGUGGUCGAUGCACCAAUACCAAGGGUUCAUACAGAUGUGAGUGCUAUGAAGGCUUUGUACCCAGCAGAGAUGGAAAACAGUGUAUUGAUCGUCGUGAAGGAUUUUGCUUCAGGCAGCUCAUCGGUGGUAUGUGCUCAACCACAAGUGACAGCCUGGUUAAGGUGACCAAGGCUGACUGCUGUUGCACAAUGGGUCUGGCUUGGGGUCCAAUGUGUGAACACUGUCCACGUCGAGGCACUCCUGAAUAUGAUGAAAUUUGUAUGGAGGCUGGCUUUUCUAUAGAUGGCCUUGAUAUUGAUGAAUGCCAGAUGCCCAAUCUAUGUAGGAAUGGAAAAUGCAUCAACACUAUGGGCUCUUACCGCUGUAUAUGUGAUAAAGGUUACAAGCCUGACCAUUCAGGAACAAGGUGUAUUGAUGUGAAUGAGUGUGAACGUACACCUCCACCAUGCAAGUUUACUUGCCAGAAUACUGAAGGGUCUUAUCGUUGUUCCUGCCCACGUGGCUAUACUCUUAACCCUGAUGGCAUCACUUGUAGAGAUCUUGAUGAAUGUGCAACUGGUCAACACACAUGUGAAAAUGAAUGUGUCAAUACUCAAGGUUCUUACAAGUGCACCUGUGCUCAGGGCUACAAUGAAGUUGGCGAGCAGUGCAUUGAUAUCAACGAAUGCUUGGAGCAGACGGGUCUGUGUGGUCCACUGGGUACAUGUGUAAACACAAGGGGAAGCUUUAGGUGUAUGUGUCCUCGUGGCUAUCGUCUUGAUCCUUCAGGGACGAUGUGUAUUGAUUCUGAUGAAUGCACAGUUGAUGGAUCUUGUGACUCAGGAUGCGAGAAUCUACAGGGUGGAUUCUUGUGUGGGUGCCCAGAUGGUUACCGCCGCCACCACUACUACAACCAAUGUGUGGAUGAUGAUGAAUGUUCCCAGGGCACUAUGUGUGGCUCUGCAGACUGUCAGAACACUCUUGGCUCAUACAAAUGUCUUUGUCCUAAUGGAUAUUCUUUCAACAUUGCCCUGUUUGUCUGUAUUCAGGUGGAUGACAGCUGUGUUUCCAGUCCCUGUGCAUUUGGCUGUAAUGCUCUGGGUGAUGAUGCUGUUGCGUGUGGCUGUCCUUCAGGUUUCUCAAGAAUUGGCUCUGGUCACUGUAUGUCCACCUUAAAUCCACCAGUUGGCAGCGGUGGUUAUGGCCCUGGGUAUGGUGGUAGCAGUAGUGGAUUUCCUGGUGGUGGUGUUGGUUUUGGAGCUGGUGGUGGUGGAUUUGAUGUUAGUGGGGGUACUGGCAGUCGUGGUCCUGGUGGAUUUGGUGCUGGCAGUGGUGGUCCUGGUGGAUUUGGUGCUGGCGGUCGUGGUCCUGGUGGAUUUGGUGCUGGUGGUGGUGGUCCUGGUGGAUUUGGUGCUGGAGGUGGUGGUCCUGGUGGAUUUGGUUCUGGAGGUGGUAGUCCUGGUGGAUUUGGUGCUGGAGGUGGUGGUCCUGGUGGAUUUGGUGCUGGAAGUGGUGGUCCUGGUGGAUUUGGUGCUGGAGGUGGUGGUCCUGGUGGAUUUGGUGCUGGAAGUGGUGGUACUGGUGGAUUUGGUGCUAGUGGAGGUAGUCCUGGAGGAUUUCCUGCUGGUUCUGGUGGAUUUACUACUGGUUCUGGUGGAUUUGGUACUGCCACUGGUGGAUUUCCUGGUGGGUACGGUUCUGGCACUGGUGGAGGUGGAUAUGCUGGUGGGACCACCUACACUGGUGGUAGCUACAGCUAUGGAUCAAGUCAGUAUGAUCUGGGUGGCGUUCCUACCUUUCCUAUCGGCCAACAAGACCCACAUGGCAGCAAUGAAAACAUCAUCUCCACUGAGGGUUGCUUCUCAUGCAAAUUUAAUGGGAAGCACAGUCCACCUGGGCGGCGGAGGCGAUCAGUAGUAUCAUCAGCUGCUCUGAACCAGUUGGUACUAGUCCCAGCUACUGCUAAUUUUACUGAUGACGAGGUAGUGUUGGUUCUUGCUAACAACUAUACACAUAGGGUGGUGCGGCGUAGUUUACAAGCAGAGUUCAAGCGACAAGACAGUAUAUCUCUCAAAGCAGCCAAAAAUCCAAUCAUACUCAAAGUUUCCCUUGAUCAAACUAAACAUAGAAUGAGACUUAUCAAACUAAAGCCAGCAAUUACAUACUUACAGAAUAAUGUAAAAUAUGAAUUAGUGAGAGGUAAUGAAGACAGUGUGUUUGAAAUGCGAUCACACCAUGGAACCACAUCACUACACUUCCGCCGACGUUUACAUCAACCAGCCACAUACGAUAUAGAGAUUACAGGACGACCGCUCGAUUAUUCUAACAUCAGUGACCAAGCGCAUAGUGACCUUGACGUAAACCUUAGGAUCAUUGUGACACACUAAGAUAAAGCAUAAAGUGUAUAUGUGGAUGUGGAUCCAUAACAUUUUCUUUUAAAUCAAGAUACAUAAAAAAACAGCUAAGUAUUUCACAUUGAAAUUGUGAUUAUAUAUAUACUGUAUAUAUAUAUACGUAACCACAAGCUGCUGGUUUGAGUAGUGAUAUACAGCCACACCCAGUGGGUGACAAGACUUCCAGAAUGACUUGUCUGUGGAUUCAGAGUUUUUACUGAUAUAAUGUUUACAAACUAACAUGUCAUAUGUAAUUGAUUUCCAGUGAUGACAGUGUUAAACCUUUGAUUCUUAAAUGAAAAAAAUGGUAUUUCAGAUAUUGGUUUUCAGAAACAAGUACAUUGUGUUUUAAAAGCCAGAAAAUUUUGAGUGUCGUGAUACAAACUUGCAUUAACCUGGGACUUUAAAUAAUUGCCAGAAAAUAAGAUUGACAGCAGAUUUCUGCAUAAAUUGCCAUGUUUUUCUAAUUUUCUCUUCUCCAUGAUAGUAUUUCAUGUACAUUGGAGUUUAGUGUACUUAGUAGUCUUUAGUGCUUUCUUUCCUCUUCAAUAGUAACAUUAGUGAUAUGUGAAGCUGAAAAUAUUGUAGUUAUUAUUAGAUAAAUUAAUAUUAUAAUGGUGAUAUUUUUGAAGGUGCUAAUAUUCACUUGGCUUAGCUUACUUAUGUAUUUAGUAGUAAUGUAGGAACCAUUUUUUUUUUAACAGAACUGAACAGAUGUGUCUUGCUACUGGUAGCAAUGUACAUGUCAUUCAUCUCUCUCUCAGUUGUUAGGAAUCAGAAUCUAUACUGAGAUUUAUAUUAUAAUAAAUAUGAUAUUUUACUCUAUUUAUAUGUAGUCCAUUUCUCAAUUUUAUGAAAAAAUGACAGGAAUGCCCGAGUCUUUACACAACUGUUCAGUGAGGUUCUAAUGCCAGAUUCUGUCUCAAAGUCAUGUUAACCAUCAGAACAUAAUGUACUACAGGUAGGUAUUUUUGCAUAGUUUCACAUUAUACUGUACAAUAAACAUGUAGACAUGUGGUUACCAUGGUAUUAGGUCAGGUCUGGUGGGAGACCUCUGGUGUCACGUGUUGUCCAAUUUUUGAACAAUCAUAAUGUCUAGUCCUGGGACAUUGCAUCUCUUGAAGGGUAUGUUAUAUUAUUGCAUUACUGUAUGCUGGUAUUGUUUUAUUGUUGGUGACACUUUUUUUCUGAGGGAUAGUGACAUGAAAUUUAGAUUUUCAAUAUGGGUCUUUGUCUGAUAUAAAUCCUUCGAUAAUUGUAAUCUUUUGUUUCAAUUACUGAUGCUGUAUUUGAAUCACAACAUUUACAUUUAGGGAGAUGCUGUGUCCAGUUCGGUCUAAGCAUUGUUCCUCCUCACUGCCAAAGGACAUCACUUGUUUCAUUUUUAAAAUCUCACUAUAGUAUUAAGUAUCAGACAAUGUUUAGAGAGAGAAGCUUAUAUAAGGAGAGGCUGCAUCAUGCUUUAUAUAAUUCAUACAAGACUGUUUAUUGUUCAUUAAAUUUAUUUACUAUAUUAAUUAUUAAUUUAAUAAGAAAGCAAAUAAUUUUCACAAAAAAUUAUACAGCAUAAUUUUAAAUAGUUUUAAAGUAAAAUUUAAAUUUAACUAUUAAAAACUAUCUGUUUCUAUGUAAUUAAAAAAAAUCUAUUUACUUCAAACUGUUUAUGAUGUGAAAUCAUCGCAAUAAUAAAUUUCCAUGAUAGCCAGCCUCCAAAUAAAACAGUGACAUAAAAGCUUAUACAAACUAUGCACUCAUUCCAUAUAACAUUGAAUGCAAUUAUUUUGUCCAUAUCUUGAUGUGUGUUGUAUAUGUUUCUUGCCACAUUUCAAAGCAAAAUGGUGGACCAGUAGUUGGCAUCUUUCCCAAAUACUGAUCGCCAAUUCUCAACACAUUGUAUUGUCAAGGAUCAAACAGCAAUGCCUGAAAUAUUUUUGACAUAAUUUAGUGCAGUCAAAAUUUUCUCCUAUUUGGAAUUGGAUAUUUAUCAGAAUACUUAGGGUUUCCCCACAGGUUAUGUUGACUGCAAUGGAAUGGGGAAGAAAGAAGCAAAAUAAAUUGGGGAAUAUUUAUGAUAUUAUAUAAGUUUGAGAAUACAUGGUAGACUGCUGCCUGGAGAUGCUGUGUGAAUGUGAGAGAAAGGUAGCCAUUAGGAGAAUGGUGUUUCCUUUGGCAUUUCAAUGCUAUUACUUGGUUUUGCUUCCAUAGGAGAACUUAAUACUCAUUCCAAACAUUAGACAAGACUCUUAAUACCAUAAAAUAAAUCAUCAAUUAAUAUCUUGCAAUAAAAAUAGACCUCUGUCCACACAAUAAAUAUUGCAUUCCUUCCAUAAAUUGAACACUCCUUAUUCUGUUCAACAUACAGUAUACAACAAACAUUAUACAGCAUACAGGAGAAGCUUAUUCUAUUUAGUGGUGUACUAUACAGCAUACAGGAGUAGCUCAUUCUGUUUAGCGAUGCACUCAACCCACACAAGAUAUUUACUCAUCCUCAACAACAAAUUAAUUACACAUUCCAUACAAAUAAAACAUACAGCUGUAUUUAGAUACAAGUAACAGUGUAGUCAUUCUGUGCCACCUAUAUUUCAUACAACAACUCUGCAUUCCUUCAAAAUAAAAAAAACCUUCACAUAUUAUUUACACCAUUUCACCACUUUCAUACAUUAGUGACUCACUCAUUCCGUGCAACAGAUUGUGAAGUCGUUCCCAACAUCAUACACAUUUCUAUGAUAAAACCACUAACUUAUACCCAGGAGGUAACUGAAUGGUUAAUUAUUUGUAAUAUUUGUCUUGUGUAAUAAGACAAAACUUCAUCCACGGCAAAACUGCAACAAUUCAAGUUAAUCUAUUUGAGCAAUAAUGAUUUGGUAAAAUUAAAGAUCUCUUCAAAUCUUGUCAAUGAAAAGGAUUAUAUUACAACAAAUAACUUGUACCCAAGUAAAAGAUUACACUUGUGCAAGCCUUGAAAAAUACAAUAAAUAUAGAUCUGUAUGUACCCUAAGUUAGGCAGAGUAUGAACAAGAAAAGCAAAACUAUUUAUAUUUCUCAAAUCUUUAUUUUUUUAAAUUCUCAAACAGGUAAAAAUAUUAAUGUAAUCUUUUAUCCAAGAAACUUCUUCACACAAAAAUCAAACUUGAAUAUUAAGUUAUGUGAUGGUCAACAAUUCAUUCUUUCCUUAUUGAAUAAUUUUUCAUGAUUUCAUCUUUAUUCCAAAUAUUUGUGUGCUUCUGGUCAAGUCCAGGCCAUUAUUGCUGAUCUCGUAACAUCACCCCUCUGUUGCAACAGCUGCCAAUCACAUUCUUCUGCAUAGCUCAAAUUGCUUGUAAAAGACUUGUUUCAUAAUAAAUAUCACCAAAG